CUCGACUCCGCCGAGAUUGUUGCCUUAAAGAAGCCAAUGCGAGCACGGCGUACCGGACCCUUUAAAGAUUCGUUACAGGGGCGCUGACAAGAGCCAUGCUGUACUCCCGAGACUGAACACAAUAAAGAAGACCCAAAUUUACCCAAUAGUUGCCCGCAGGUAGUUUUACGGUUGAGAAUUUUAUUCGCCACUUUGAAAGCGCAGGAUGCCGGUGAAAGGAGGGAGAGUGAAAAACGAACAUGUUGUCAGCUCAGGAAUGGAGGAGACGGUGUGGGAGCAGUACACUGUGACCCUACAGCGGGACUCCAAAAUGGGAUUUGGGAUCGCUGUGUCGGGCGGGCGAGACAACCCCAAUGUGGAGAAUGGAGAGACGUCUAUCAUCGUGUCGGACGUACUGCCGGGAGGGCCGGCCGACAGACUGCUCUUUGAAAACGAUCGCGUUGUGUUGGUCAAUGGCAUCCCCAUGGACAAUGUGCCUCAUUCAUUUGCUGUGCAGCAGCUGAGAAAAUGUGGGAAAGUAGCCAAAAUUACUGUGAAGAGGCCCCGUAAGGUCCCGGUCCACGCCCUGAAGCGCCCCCCUUCCCCGGAGGUGGAGGAACGCGUCUUCAACGCCGGCGAAUACGACGACUACGAUCGCCGAAGCAUGCACAGCAGCGGGCACGCUGACUCCGGCUGGCAGGGGGGCAACGGGGGACUGGGGUACCCCCGCGACCGGGACCACAGCCUGGAGAAGGAGCGGGACAGGGCCUACCUCAGCCCCGAGUACAGGGGCCGCGACUAUGACCGCGACUACAGCCGAGAGCGCAGCCGUGGCCGGAGCAGGGAGAGGGACCUGAGCCCCGAACGGGAGUACCGGCGGGACGGCAGCAGGGGGCGCACUCUGGACCGCGAGCCCACCCCCGAACGCCGCUACCGGAGCGACCGCAGCCGGGGCCGCAGCGUGGACCGCAGCGUGGACCGCGAGCCCAGCCCCGCCCACAGCUACGGCAGGGAGCCCAGCUACGAGCGCAGGAAGUACGAGCCCCGCCCGGAGGAGAGGAUGCUGCGAAGCCGCAGCAGGGACCAUCUGCAGGACCGCUCGCCCUCCCCCGACCGCUAUCGAACCCGGGACAGCAACCACGGCCACGAGCCGCUGGAGAAGCCGAUCAACGUGCUCCUAGUAAAGAACCGACCCAAUGAAGAGUAUGGCCUUCGCCUUGGCAGCCAGAUCUUCAUCAAGGAGAUGACCAGUACUGGGCUGGCUGCUAAAGAUGGCAACCUGCAGGAAGGGGACAUCAUUCUCAAGAUCAACGGGACCGUCACAGAGAACCUGUCCCUGAGCGAUGCUGGGAAGCUGAUUGAGAAGUCCCGCGGGAAGCUGCAGCUGGUGGUUCAGAGGGACCGCCGGCAGAUCCUCAUCCGCAUCCCGCCGCUCGCCGACAGUGACUCGGAACCUGACGAUAUCUCGGAGAUUGAGUCGUACCGGUCAUACUCCCCGCAGGAAGACCCAAGAUCCCAUCCCUCAGACCUCUCCUCACAUUCAUCCAAUGAAAUACGAGAGAAACCCAGGGAUGAUCCUCCGAGUGUGUUGGCUAAGAUGGCGGCCAUGCCGAUUCCGUUUCGUGCACCCGAGGACCACCCACCAGCACAGGAUGAGAGGGAACAGCCACGAGUGGAGGAGCCUCCAGCUGUGGUUAACACCACCCCGAAAAUCCUGCUCCGGCCCAGCCCAGAAGAUGAGGAGAUUUACGGACCCAGCACUGUGAUGGUAAACUUCCAGAAGGGGGACAGCGUGGGCCUGCGCCUCGCCGGGGGCAACGACGUCGGCAUCUUCAUCGCCGGGGUGCAGGAGGGCAGCCCCGCCGAGGAGGAGGGGCUUCGAACCGGGGACCAGAUCAUGAAGGUGAAUAAUGUGGACUUCCGAGGCAUUGUGCGAGAAGAGGCAGUAUUGUUCCUGUUGGAGAUCCCCAAGGGGGAGGAAGUGACGAUAUUGGCACAGAACAAGUCCGAGGUUUACAAGGACAUCCUGACGUCUGGCAGAGGAGACUCAUUCUUUAUCAGGACCCACUUUGAGUACGACAAGGAGUCCCCCCAGAGCCUGGCCUUCUCCCGGGGCGAGAUCUUCAAGGUGGUGGACACCCUGUACGACGGCAAGCUGGGGAACUGGCUGGCCAUCCGCAUGGGCAAAGACAACCAGCUGCUGGAGAAGGGUAUCAUCCCCAACAAGAGCAGGGCGGACCAGAUGGCCAAUGUCCAGAAUGCCCAUAAAGGCUCUGGGAACGACCGGGCCGAUUUCUGGCGGCUGCGUGGGCAGAGAGCAGCCAAGAAGAAGGACCUUCGGAAGAGUCGGGAGGACCUGAGCACCGCCCCUGUCAGCACGCGCUUCCCGGCCUAUGAAAGGGUGGUCUUACGAGAGGCUGGAUUCAGAAGACCUGUGGUUCUGUUUGGGCCAAUCGCGGAUGCAGCCAAUGAGAAACUGGCUGCAGAGCUCCCUGAGGAGUUUGUUAUUGCCAAGACUGAACCUAAAGAUGCGGGGUCAGAGAAAUCCUCAGGUGUGGUGAGACUGAACACCAUUCGUCAGAUCAUCGAGCAGGACAAGCAUGCACUGCUGGACGUCACGCCCAAGGCCGUGGACACCCUAAACUACACCCAGUGGUACCCCAUCGUCAUCUUCUUCAACCCGGACAGCAAGCAGGGCGUCAAGGCCAUGAGGCAGAGGGUCAUCCCGGGCUCCAACCGCAGCGCCCGCAAGCUCUACGACCAGGCGGUCAAGCUGAGGAAAACCUGCUCGCACCUCUUCACUGCAACUAUCGAUCUGAACUCGGCCAAUGACGCGUGGUACGGGAGUGUGAAGGAACUGAUCCGGGAACAGCAGUCCAAGGCAGUUUGGGUGUCGGAAGGGAAGCUGGAUGGGACGGAGGCGGACCUUGACCUCCACGACGACCGCAUGUCUUAUCUGUCGGCCAUGAGCGCCGACUACCUGAGCAUGGACAGCCGGCUGACCAGCGACUAUGACGACACGGCCGAUGAGGGCGGGGCCUGCACGGACAACGAGCUGGACGAGACCACAGAGGAGCCACACGUGUCUGCCAUCAGCCGGUCAUCCGAGCCUGUCUUGGCAGAAGAGCAACUGAGGAGGCCCAGCCCAGAAAUAAGGGGGUGUGUGAGGAGGGCGGGCAGCAGGGAGGUGCUGACGGAACCCAGCCCGCCCCCCUCCUUCGUCCCCGACCCCCCUAAGGUGAAAGUGCAGUCUCGAGACGAGGCAUUUCGGGCACAGUACGACCCCAGCAGAGGCUACGACUCCCACUCCAGCAGCCCCACAAACAGCUCUCACCCCCGCAGCCAGGAUUCGUACGGCAGCAAGCCCCUUCCGCCCCCCGUCGCCCUCAAACCUACCUACGGGUCCCGCUUAAGGGCCACCAUUGACACCCAGCCUCCAAGGGAGCAAGAGGACCCCGAGGAAAGCCCCGAAGACCCCUCUCAGAAGUCCUUCCUGGGGAAGGUGAAGGCCUUUGAGAGGAUGGACCACUUUGCCCGAGCGCAGAGGAUGCUGGAACUGCAGGAGGCUCAGAACGCCCGGAUGGAAAUUGCUCAGAAACAUCCAGACAUUUACGCUGUCCCUGUGAAACUACAAAAGCCCGACCUCAACAGACCACAGCCAAUUGGUUCCAGCUCGCGCCCGGAGCCCCAGACCCUGUCCUCCAAGGGCCGGCCGUACUACCACAAUGAGGAAGAGGAGGAGGAGUAUCGCCGGCAGCUGGUGGACCAGACCAAGAGGGGCUACUAUGCCAACCCUCAGAAAUACCUGGACACAGAGCUGUAGACAGAGCCACGCCCUCAAUGGGACCACGCCCAGGCUCCGCAUCACCACCACCAUUCCACAGGGUCCGCCCCCUGCACCAAACUGCUGCUGCUUACUUGGAAGCCUUCCCGCUUUUAAGUUUCUCUCGCUUUUUUGCUUCAAAGAAGUUCAAUUAUCUGUCCACAUGGAUAGGACCUCAGUGUGUUUUAUUUCAAUUUGUCUUUUUUUUGUAGUUCUCUCUUUGUGCGUUUGUCUAUUUUGUUUUAAAUCUGUUUGUUUUUGAUCAGGAACCACUGUUUUCUUGCCUAUGCAAAUAUUUCAGUUUCUCCAGAGCAACUGAAAACUGUGGCCAUGUGUCCUUUUUUAAUUCUCAAAUCUGUUCGAUAUUCAGUGCGUCCAAAAAAAUGUUUCUCUUUGUUACUUUUCUUUUUUGUAACAUUUUAAACGGCAAGCAAUCUCAGAAGUAUUUUAAAAAGGUCACUUGUUAGUCACAGAUUAAGUUUAUUAUUUUUAUUUCCUAUAAGUCUUUGCAUUCCUGCCUUUGUGAACAUGCUCGUAUAUAUAUACACAUAUAUAUAUAUAUAUUCUGUAAUAUACACUGGAAAUUUGUUACAAUUUUUUGAAGUGCCUUUUUUUCUUUAUGAAUGACACUGAGGUGUGGCGCACAGAGGACAAACACAGGACUUCUGGACAGUACGCUGCUCACAAGCUAAAGGGACAACAGGGAACUGAUAACACCAAAACCUUAACACCCUCCCCCCCGAUGUACGUACCCGUCUUAACCAUGUGUAAAGUGUCAGCAGGCUCGACAGGCUCGUUCUGAACAACAGUGCCCCCAAAUGGAUCAGAUGGACCGUAGAGGUUUGACCGCAGUGGUGGAUUUGUGUAUUUGUUCCUGCCAUUUUCAUUGUUGUAUUAGCUACCACACUCUGAAUGUUCAUAACAUGUGCUUUCGAUUGUAUGAUUUCCUGUUACCCGCGUGUAUGGAUUUAAGUGCUUAAACAUGUUUUUUUUAAAUAUUAUUAUUAUUAUUAUUAAUGUUAUUAUUCACGGCUUCCACUCAGUUGUGAAGAUCACAGUGAGAGGGGAGAUUACCAGGAUCCUACGGGAUCUGACAGUCUGAUCUAAGGUGGAUCUUGAAGUUUUCACUUUACAA